UUUCACGUGGAGUAACGAGCAUCACAGAGCUGCUGUGGUUUACCCUUUGGAGAGUUGCUACAGUUUCUCCCUUCCUCCUUUUGGUGGAGGUUAGACUUAAGCUGCAGUCGAAAGGAUACAUAACGGUGCAUUCUUUAGGUUUAUCCGAGAGUCUGCAGCCAUGGGCCCAGACGCCGCACCUGAACCAAAAUCUGAAUCUGAAGACAGUUUUGGAGUUGUGGAGGUGAACGUUGACCUGGAGUCAGAUUCCAGCGACUCUUCCACUGACACUGACCCAGAGAAUUUCAAACAACCAAAAAUAAACAAAUCCAACAAGUGUUUCCCUUGCCCCACUUGUGGUAAAAUGUUCGACAGGCCAUCGAAGGUGGAGAGGCAUAAACCUAUCCACGAGAGGAAGCCAAGAAUGCUUUAUCAAUGUCAGCAUUGUGAGAAGAACUUCACUCAGGAGGAGAGGAUGAUUCGACACCAAAAUACCCACAGCAGAACCAACAAGCAUCCCUGUCCUGACUGUGAGAAAGUGUUCAACAGGCCUUCAAGGUUAGCGAGACAUCAACGCACGCACUCAAGAACACCAAAAAUACCUCAUCAGUGUUCAUUCUGCAUGAAGACAUUCAAUAAACUCCAUAAACUUCUUCGCCAUAUAAGGGUUCACACAGGGGAGAGGCCUUAUACCUGCCCUGUCUGCGGAAAGGGAUUCUCUGAGGCAGGCCACUGCAAAGCCCACGAAAAAACGCAUGAGGAACAGCCGGAGAAACCUCACCGCUGUGCUGACUGCGGAAUGUGUUUCUUCAAGGCCUCCUCCUUGCGACGCCACUCCCGUUCCCACACAGGGGAGAAACCUUUUAAAUGCACUCUGUGCGAAAGCAGCUACUCCCGCUCAGAGGGACUCAAAAGACACAUGAAGAAGCACACAGGAGAAAGACCCCACAAGUGUAUUGUCUGCAGCAAAAGAUUUUAUUCCCGUCAGGACCUGAUCCUUCAUGGACUUACUCACUCAGGAGAGAAGCCCCAUCUGUGCCCUGUGUGUGGUAAAGGCUUCUCCCAGCUCGGCAACAUGAAGGAGCACGAGCAGAACGUCCACAUUAAGUCUGAGAAAUAUAUUUGCAACGAGUGCGGCGCGACAUUCAACAGGUACAAUUCGAUGACGAAGCAUCAGCGUGUGCACACAGGAGAAAAACCUUACAUGUGCCUCACAUGUGGCAUCAGGUUCUCCUGGAGCCAUUCCCUGAGUAGGCACAGAAGGAGUCACGCUCACAAACAGGCGGCAUCAGAACCUUCAGAGGAUUUGGAAAGUUUCGCAGGACCUUCUGGAAAUCCAGAAAGUUGUGAACCUAAUUAGAUUUCCUUGAGAGACAAUCAAGCAGCUCUGUGGCUUGUAGUUUUCGCACUUAUAUGGACUAUUGACUUAAUGUUCACAUAUACCAUUCAGAUCUAGAGUGAACCAUCUUUCCCUGCUUUAUUCCAGUAACUGAAAUUUCAAGUGUAUUUAUGUGAGCCCAAAUACAACUGACUGUUUUGUCGCAACCAAAUCAUGUUUUUAAUAUUCACUAAUAAAAAUGCAGUUUUAUGCA